AUGAGUGGUCCGUCUCGUUUCUUCCUUAGCUCAAAGCCUCCUCCAGGCUCCCCUGUACAGCCCCAGUCGACUGGGAUUGUCGACGGGGUAUGUCUUUCCGACAGCUCCAGUGGGUUAUAUAGUCCAGGUUCACCAAAUCCAAACACACCAUAUUUGCACAGAAAUGCUGGCGCCAUUCCUCCAGAUUCCACCCAACUUUCAUCAGCAAGUACAUCUGAUGAUGAAUCAGUUUCGAGUUGGCCACUCUCUCGCCCUCCAUCCCUCUCUCAAUUCGAAAUGGAUGAGAUGCCGGCUGUUACAGCUGCAGCUGCUGAUUUUGUCAUUCCACGAGGGUUGAAUCCAGACCAGUCUUUCGAGUUUGCUUUUAAUGGGCCAGCUGGUGCUGGGUCGGCCGCUGAUAGUGCUCCCCGUGUUGGCGGGGAUAGAUUUACUAUUGACGCCUUUGGUGACUUGAUUGGUGUAAAUGCUAGUACCAGUGCUAGCAGUGCCCAUGAGACUCAUGGUUCCUAUCAACGUCAUGACUCGUCUUCAACUUCAUCCACCCUUCCCCAACUUGUCAUGCCUCGAGUGGCUCUUCCAGGUCGUAAGCCAUUUACAACAAUUGGCUUGAGUCUUGGAAAGCUUAAAGUUCUUGUCGCAGGGGAUUCUGGCAUCGGCAAAACUGAACUCAUUAAAGCCAUUCUCGAGUCGUCUAAGCAUAUUGUCCAUGUUGAUGAGCCCACAAGGUACAAGCAUCCAAGAGAAGAUGAGUCGUCUGCUGGUACAAUCGGGUUAGAAGAAACUAUCAAUACUCUGGGCGCUUCAUCUGCCAACAAUGGGGCCGGUCCUCUUACCGCAUCUGGGGGUCCAAUUUCAAAGUCCACUUCUUCUGCCAAUCAUACACACUCACCUUCUAUUGUAGAAAUAUCUGCUUCUACCAAACCAUAUUCAUUAUAUCUCAUAGCUCAUCACGAGAAGAAGGUCAGUACUAGAAAACCAUCUCAAGAUGAUAGCAGCGACAGCGACGUUCUCUUCGACCUGAAUGACAUGAGACCACAAAAUGCAAGACGGCCAAGCCUUAUUCACUCUUUGGAGUCUACAACGUCUGCUAAUGGAGCUCUUAGCCGCAAUAUUGGUUUUGUUGACACACCUGGAUACGGUCAAUACAGUGAUACCACGACUUGUAUUCAAAAUGUCCUUUCAUACCUCGAUGGCCAGUUUAGAGAAACUGCUAAUACUGUCAAUGUUUCGAGCCCUCAAGUAACAAAUCUUCUUACAUCAGCAUCUUCUCUAACUGAAUUUUCUCAUGUUGAUGUAUGUUUCUAUCUCAUCCUUGACCGUAUCAAGCCAGUUGAUAUCAAUUAUAUCUCACAACUUUCGAGAUAUGCACCAGUCAUACCGCUUAUUUCCAAAUCUGAUCAACUCCAACCAGAUGACAUUAUUGACUUGAAGGUGAGUAUUUUAAAGGAACUCAAAGCUUCAAACGUCAGUCCAUUUUUAUUCGACACACCAAUCGAUGAUGCUAUAGCAUAUGGCGACCAGUUGAUCAGAGAACGAAAAGAAAGGCGUGGCUCAGGAAGCAGCAUUAUUACAUCUACUGCUGACGAAUCUAAAACAGAUUCGGCAGAAUCAGUUCACCCUCUUCUCAUGCCGUGUACUGUAUCAAGUAAUCGGAAUCUGGAUUCCGAAAUGCUUGCCAGCGUCAUGAUGGAGCCCGACUAUACGAUUGAGUUGGUGAAUUCCGAACUUAAGCACCUCUGUCGAUAUAUAUUCUCUGAGCAUGGUUCUGCUUGGCUACGCUUCAUUACAGCCAAGAAGUUUGUUGAAUGGAUUUCAACUGUACAAGUAUCCAAUUCUCUGCAUAGUCAUAAGUUCCUGCGACAAGCAAGCUCACUUAAUCGACCAGGCUAUUCUGAGAACCAGUAUCAGCAACUCGUUCCAUAUGCCACUAACACUGACAAGGGUCCUACCGGGCUUGAAAUCUUACCAGAGUACUUUUCUUCAUCACCGGGGAGCCGUGCACAGCUAUAUAAUGCUCGAUGGGCCAUGCAAUUGGAACAGGUUUCUCGAACUGAAAACGUCAUUGCUGUGAGAUCUCGACAAAUGUACCGGUCUCGGAAACAAGAGCGGAACUCUACGUCAGCUAAUACUAAUGGCAACCACGACAACACCGGAGGAGUAUCCCAUAGGAAAUCCGCAGGCCCGACUGCUGCCAUGCUGCGUCCAGGACCGACAUCGCCAACUCGGCCUGAUGGAAAUAUUUCUGAGUCCAUUUUCAAUUGUGAUCCGUUGAGUCUCGACAAAAUCAUCAGCAGGGCGCUCAGAUGUGCAGUUGGUGCUUUCACGCUGCUUUCCAGUGCUGGGCUUGUUACGUGGCUUUAUACCGCUUUUGCGACACCAGCUCCGGUCAUUGCAGUCGAGCCUAAACCUGCAACCAAUAUCCUCGUAGCAACACUUAAUUCACUAGGAGGUGGCUGGUCAGUGCUGGUAUAG